UCAACAACCAAACCACAAAAAAGGAUUAGAGAUUUUCUCACUGAGCAACAAGAACCUUUCAUAUUAGAGGUUUACCUUCUUGAGAGACAACACUCUUCAAAAUGGUGGAAAAGAUUCAAUGGAGAUUCUGAUGGAAAUAAGAGUUCUAAUGAUGAGAAAUCAAGAAAGAGAAAAAAGGCUAUGCUUCCUUUUUACAAAGUUCUUCUACCAUAUGGAAAGAAAGGAAAUCCCUUAUGGUCAAAUAAUGAAGAUCAAAUUUGUUUUCUUCAGAAACUUUUCAGAGGCAGCACCAGAAACGCAUAGAGAGUAGCCUUGUUUCAAUGGGAAAGAUACCUGUAUACAGAAUUCCACAUGUAGCUGCCAUAUGGAAUUUACUUGGAGAGUCAGUGAAGAAAGAGAAUUGUACCAAUACCAAUAAGCAAUCAGCAGAGUUUCUUAUUCGGCCAAAUACGUCCAAAAAGGUAGUUCAAAAGAUUAAAGGACUGCUAUGUGCCCGUGAGAGAGAUAUUUCCAUAGUGGCCAUUCCAACUAAGCAAGAAAAGGUAAAACAAUGUUACAAUGGACCCAUUUGUGAGGGAAAAAAAGAAUGCGGUCGGCAAGGUGCAAACCUCAAGACUAUGGAUUACUUGAGUUCAAUAAACGAAUGGAGGAACAUGGAGGAACAAGUGAAAGCCAUUGGUGUUGAGAUUACUGAUCAUAUAUUGGAAGGUAUUAACAAUGAAAUUGUAUUAGAAUUUAUAGCAACUUGGGCAGACCAAUCCUAGCGUAGAAAUCAAACACACAAAGAGCUCUCCUACU